AUCCCUUAAAUUAUAAUAAACCAUCAGAAUCAUUAGAUUUAGGCCACCAAAAUCAUCACAAAAAUGUGGAUGUCAUCAUAGAGGAGUUGUCACUUGUAAAUAUUGUAUUCGUAGGUGUCGUUGUCGUAGGUGUAGUUGCUUGUAUGCAUUGUCACUUGUAG